CUGACAAGAACUGAGCUUGAUACCUGGAUUGAACUUGGUUCCAGAUUGACCUCUAGCAUCCAGGACCCCGACCCAGGACCAUGGGACCCCAGCACUUCAGCCCUGUGCAGCUGCUCUGCCUCCUAGGGGCCAUCUCUACUGUGCCUUGGGCCGUGGCUCUUUUAUGCUACGAAGCAACAUCUUCACUCUUCAGAGCUGUUUCUCUCCAUGACUGGAAAUGGCUUCUGAUGAGGAGCAUGGUAUGUAAGCUGAGUGAGGGCUGUGAGGAGACGUUGGUGUUCAUCGAGACAGGGACCAGAAGGGGAGUUGUGGGUUUUAAGGGCUGCAGCCCCGCCUCAUCUUACCCCCAGCAAGUCUCCUACCUCGUUUCGCCGCCUGGAUUGUCCAUUGCUUCCUAUAGCCGCGUCUGUCGGACAUAUCUCUGCAAUAACCUUACCAACUUGGAUCCUUUUGUGAAACUCAAGGCCAGAGCUCCUAAGUCUACAGCAUUUUCUUCCCAUAGUUGCCCAACCUGUGUGGGCGAGCACUCUAAGGAUUGCCUCCCAAAUUUUGUCACCACUGAUUCUUGCCCCUUAGAGGCCUCUCAGUGUUACAGUUCCACCUUAAAAUUUCAGGCAGGCCUUCUCAAUACCACCUUCCUCCUCUUGGGCUGUGCUCGUGGAUAUCAAAAACUUUUAGCAGAUUAUCACCAUAUUGGGAACAUCAGAGUGACUGAGGUCCUCAACAUCUUAGAGAAGGCCCAGAGUGCUGGCGCAGAGCUCUCCAGUCGGAGUCCUGCUUGGCGCAUCCUCUCAGGUCUUCUGCUGGCCUUCAGGGACUGA